CUCAUGCCGGAUUUUCCCAAAGCCAUGAAUAAUCUCGAAGCCCCCUCAAUAAAUACACGUUCAGGGAUGCCCGGAGCUCAUUCAACCCGCCAGCCUCGCCGACGAGAAGGGGCCAGGGCCGGACCCGAGAACAAGCCGCACCAUGAAGUUUCCCCGGGACUGCGGCUCCGACCGUGCCCGCGCCGGCCGCCGCCGGCCGCCCGCCCUCCGCGCCGCGCUGCUGCUGCCGCCGCUGCUGCUGCUGCUGCUGCUGCUGGUGCCGCGGGCCGCCGCCGCCCCGCUGCACAACGCCGACUCCUCGGGCGAGGCCGAGCUGGACGAGGCGGCGGCGCGGCGGGCGGCGCUGCCCGACAGCCUGCGGCUGGCGCGGCUGCUGCUCGAGCGGGCGGCACAGCUGCAGCACGAGAUGUGCGAGAAGUUUACCGUCUGCCAGAAUAGCAUGGAAAUGCUCCUCCACAACAACCUCAACCUCCCCAAGGUGACGGAGGAAGAUGGGUGUCUGCUCGCCGGCUUUAAUGAGGAUAAAUGCUUGACAAAAAUCUCCAGCGGACUUUAUACAUUUCAGACAUACCUCAAAUACAUACAAGAAACUUUUAUUAGUGAAAACCAAAACGUUGAAUCGCUAUCCUAUAGUACAGAGCACCUGGCACGUACCAUAAGACAGAUGGUGAUCAAUCCCGAAGAAGUGAUCAUCCCAGAUGCAGCUACCCAGGAAUCCCUCCACACAAAGCUGAAGUCCACUAACGCCUGGACAGUGAAAAUCACCAUCCAACUCAUCCUCCGAGAUUUUACUUCAUUUAUGGAGAAGACAGUGAGGGCCGUGCGCUAUUUGAAAAACACCAGGAGUUUCAGUGUUUGAAUGUUUUAGUUCAGGCACAGUCCUUUUGUUACAAAUCUGUCAGGUGGCAGAUAACAGUGUUGUUCUGUUUUAAGAACUAGAAAUAGUAACAAUGGUUUGCAUCUAU